GUCGAGGUUGUUCAUCCGCCCUCCAUAUAGUACUCCUUCCUGUGAGCAGAAGUGAUUGGUCAGUGACCCUAUAGUCGGUCACAUUGGCUUUGCCAUAGCGUCUUGCCAGCUCUUGUUCUAGGUAAUGAGGAACCAGGUGACCAGUCCAGGACCUCCCACACUCUAGGACGCUGUCGCUGAUUCUCCGCGACUGCUUAUUCAUCUCUUUUGCGCACAGCCAAGCUUUACUCACAGUUACCUUCACAAGGAAGGCGUUCCGCGAUCGGCAAUCUGAGAAGCGUCCGGUGGCGUACAGCUCCGCUGAACCAACCAGUAGUCAGUUCACUUCCGGAAGUCAUCCAUGUCCACUAAAAGUCGGUGGAACUCAGUCAGGAUGGUGGGGAUGGCUUUCUCUAUUCUAAAUGAAGCAAAUUUUGCAGUGAAAAUAUUAUUUUUUCUAUUAACUCGAGUAAUUAUAUUCGUUAGUGGUGCGGUGUUGAUAGUAUGCAUGUCUUUGGUUGACUCCUUCUGGGGAAUUUGUAUUAAUGAGUCCUCUGAUGUCAAGGCUAUCGAGGUCAAGAGUGUACACCGGCUUCGCUGCAGUGGUAAAAGGAGGGUCGGUUGCAAAAGUAUCGAAGCGAGAGAAGCCUGAGACUCUACACACUGUGCACGCCAAUUAGCACAGUGUUAACCGAUGCGUUGCAGAUUUUUAAUUAUGCCCACCUUUGUCUGUGAUUAGAAUGCUCUCUUUAGUUUGUGAAGUACAUUAGUGCGUUUAGGUCUGGAUCUAGAAAGGUUCGAGAUCGCUUCAUUUAGUUGCUU